GAGCUUGGAGAAGUGGACUGGAGCGGUAAAGCCAGAAGUGCCCAGUGCCUAUUCCCUGUCAUUGCUCCAGUGGAGAACCGCGUGGUGCAGACCUAGGUGCGGAGGAGUCGGCGGGUGUUGCGGGGACGCGAAAACUCCCAGGAGCCGCAGUCGCCGCAGUCGCCGCGGGGCGGCCUGGGAAAGUCAGCAGCGCCGUGGCGGGAACCGCAGCCCGGCGGCCCUGGAACCUCCCAGGGUCAACUGAUCACCCAGAUCUGCUCACUGUGCUGCAGAACAAAGAGGCCUGGAAGAUGGAGAGGGAGGAGACAGUAGCUAAGGAUGCAGGGCAGCAAGCCAUCUAUUCAUUGCUCUUGAAAGAGAAACUCAAAGAAGAGAAACAGAAAGAAAUGGCUGAUUCUCCAGUAAACUCCCAGGGUCUGUUGACAUUCAGGGAUGUGACUGUAGACUUCCUUCAGGAAGAGUGGGAAUGCCUGGACUCUGCUCAGAGGGCUUUGUACAUUGAUGUGAUGUUGGAGAAUUACAACAACCUGCUCUCAGUGGAAAACUAUUACGUAUGUGAUCCUGUCCAUCAACAUAUGAAGACUGAAAAAGAGUCUUAUCAGUGUAAUAAGCUUGACGACAUGCUUCAUGACCCCACCACAUGUGCACUUUAUAGAACAUGUGAUGCUACAGAAAACUCUAAUAACUACAGGUGCAGUAAUCACAGGGAUGACUCUAUUGACUCAUCAAACCCAGAUAGACAUGACAGCAUGCACACUGGAGAAGAACCUUGCAAAUCAAGAGACUGUGAGAAAUCUUUAAAUUUGUGUCCCAACAUUAAUAAAGAUCAGAGACUCUACACUGCAAAGAAAGAGCACAGGCAGGAAGAAUGUGGUGACACUUUUGGUUCUAGAAACAGUCUUUUCCAACAAGCGGUCUACAUUGUAGAGAAACCACACCAAUGUGGGAAAUGCAAAAAAUCUUUCGGUACUGCCUCAAGUCUCACUGUACAUCAGAGAAUUCAUAAUGGAAAUAAGCCCUACAAAUGCAACUUUUGUGGCAAAUCCUAUAACCAUUGUGCAAAUCUUAGAAUACAUCAAAGACUUCAUACUGGAGAGAAACCUUACAAAUGCAAAGAAUGUGGAAAGUCAUUUCGACAGUCUGCAGCUCUUAAAAGCCAUCUGGAAAUACAUACUGGAGAGAAGCCUUAUAAAUGUAAGGAAUGCAGCAAAUCCUUUGCCCACCAUUCCAGUUUCAGGAGACAUCAGAAAAUCCAUACUGGAGAGAAGCCUUACAAAUGCAACAAGUGUGACAGGGCAUUUACACACUGUGGAUCACUUAGAUGGCAUCAGAAAAUUCAUUCUUUAGAGACAUUUUACAAAUGUAAAGAAUGUGGUAAGUCCUUUCUUGAAUUAUCACAGCUUAAAAGGCAUCACAGAAUCCAUACUGGUGAAAGGCCUUACAAGUGUGAGGUCUGUGACAAAUCCUUUACUGUGAACUCACAUCUUAAAAGACAUCAAAGAAUUCAUACUGGGGAGAAACCUUACAAAUGUAGGGAAUGUGACAAAUCUUUUACUACAUGCUCAUAUCUUAGAGAACAUAAGAAAAUUCAUACUGGGGAGAAACCUUACAAAUGUAGGGAAUGUGACAAAGCUUUUACUACAUGCUCAUAUCUUAGAGAACAUCAGAAAAUUCAUACUGGGGAGAAACCUUCCAAAUGUGGAGAAUGUGACAUGUCUGUAACUCAGGGGUUUGCUCAUAGAGAACAUCUAACAAUUCAUACUAGGGAGAAGCCUUACAGAUGUGGAGAAUGUGACAAAUCCUUCACCCAGCAUUCACAUCUUAGUACACAUCAGAGAGUUCACACUGGAGAGAGACCUUACAGUUGUAAGGAAUGUGACAAAUCAUUUACUAGGUAUUCCUACCUCAGAGCACAUCAGAAAAUUCAUACUGGACAGAAACCUUACAAAUGUAAGGAAUGUGAGAAAUCCUUUACAGACAACUCACAGCUUAGAAGACAUCAGACUGUUCACACUGGAGGGAAAGCUUACAGUUGUAAGGAAUGUGACAAAUCCUUUACCCGUAGUUUAAACCUUAGAAUACAUCAGAGAAUCCACACUGGAGAGAGACCUUACAGUUGCAAGGAAUGUGAGAAAUCUUUUACUACCUGUUCAUUUCUUAGAGAACAUCAGAAAUUUCAUACUGGAGAGAAGCCUUACAAAUGCAAAGUCUGUGAGAUAUCCUUUAAUCAGAUAGUGCAUCUUAGAACACAUCAGAGAGUUCAUACUGGAGAGAGACCUUACAAAUGCAAAGACUGUGAUAUGUCCUUUAAACAGGUAGGGCAUCUUAAAACACAUCAGAGGAUUCAUUCUGGAGAGAGACCUUACAGUUGUCAGGAAUGUAACAAAUCUUUUACUAGGUGUUCCUACCUCAGAGCACAUCAGAAAAUUCAUACUGGAGAGAAACUUCACAAAUGCAAAGACUGUGACAUGGCCUAUAUCUAUGUUUCAAAUCUUAGAAGACAUCAGAGAGUUCACACUGGUGAGAAACAUACUAUUAUAAAUGAUGUCACAUAAUAUUGUUUUAAGUAUUCUCUACUUAUAAAUCCCAACAGUAUACAUAACAGAAGCAUAAAGAUAAGAAACUUGCAAAAGUCUCGAAAGGUACUUUAAAUGUUAGAAAAUAUCAUGGAGUUUAUAUUAAAAUAAA